AUGUCUGAAAUAAACGGAAAGCUUACCGUUCAAGGUCAUAUCAUUCAACAUAUAAAUGAAAAACAGAAGGAUAUGAAACUUUUUGUAAACAAAUUCUUUACUCAUUUAGAAUUUAUAAGAAUUGUGGUUUUUUUUGGAAAAAGAAAAACUUUCACAUAUAUUCUCAGACAAGAACAGCAGCCUUUAAAAGGAAGAUAA